AUGGGCGCAAAAGGGUCUAAAGGCGCGAAAAUAGACAAGAAGAUGUUAGCGAUGGACACGAUUGAAAUAACAGGGAAGAACAUGUCGACCUUUCCGAAGGGGAUAGAGAAGUGCCAGUGUUCCAAUCUGAAUUGCUCGGUGAAUGACUUCACGGAGAUUCCCCCCGAAGUGUUCCAAAUGGUGAAUUUAGAGAUAUUAACCCUGUCAGAGAACCGUAUCACUUCCGUCCCCGACUCCAUUUCAGUUGCUACAAAUCUUCGAGAGUUGUAUCUUGCUAAGAACAAUCUCUUCUAUGAUGGGAUCUCUGCGGAGAUCAAAAAGUGCUCGAACCUUCAACGGCUAGACAUUUCAAAUAAUAAGUUAGAAGCUAUUCCAAUGGAAAUUGGGUCUCUCUUGUCAUUAGAAUAUUUGAAUAUCUCCGAGAAUGCUCUUCAGACUAUCCCCCCAGAAAUCGGAAUGUUGGACAAACUUCAAACUCUGUUGAUGAACAAAAACUCCAUCCAGAAACUCCCCGCGGAAAUUGGGAACUUGAGAGGACUUUAUGAGUUAGAUAUGUCAAGCAAUCAAAUGGAUAUGUUACCUGAAGAGUUGUCCAAUAUGUUGUCCCUCAAAAUCUUAAGAAUCGGUUAUAACAAACUCAGUGGCAAUAUUGACGUGUUGACCCACUUCAAAUUCCUUGUCGAACUCGACUGCCAGAACAAUCCCGGUAUUCUCGAUUUGCCUCCACUCGACUCCUUACAAAACUUAACACGACUUGUCGUCAGAAACUUGCCAAUCACUCACAUCCCCGGCCUCACGUCUCUGAAAAUGUUGUGCGAGUUGAACGUCAGAGAUAAUUUGAAGAUGCAAGGAAUCCCAGAAGAAAUAUUCGAGAUCACUACACUCCAAAGACUCGAUUUUGUUGGGUGCAAUAUCACCGUCAUCCCAGAAGAUAUCCAAAAGUUGACUGCAUUGAAUAUGCUCGAAUUGUCGAGAAACGCGUUGACUGAAGCUUCUUUCCCUCCUGCAGUGUCUACUCUUACUUCAAUCUCAAAACUCUCACUCUCCGGAAAUAAACUCCACACUUACCCACAGACAUUGUGCGACUUGACCUCCGUCGUCGAUUUGGAUAUUUCAAAUAAUUUGCUCGUCGAUUUCCCAGACGCUUUCGGACAGUUGAGCAACAUCCAGAUCUUGUGCGCAGCCGGAAACAAGAUCAACAGAAUUCCUGAGGUCAUGGACAAGUUGAUCUCAGUCACUUAUAUGGACUUGAAAAAUAACCAACUCAAGAGACUCCCCGCUACUAUCGGAGAAAUGAGACAACUCAACAGACUCGAACUCGCACAUAACAUGUUGCCUGUCCUCCCACCAGAAAUGGGACAGUUGGAAGGAAUUAUCCAAGUACUCGACUUGAGCAACAACCCACUUGUCAUCCCACCAAAGGACAUCGUCGUCAAAGGCCCAGCUGCUAUUUGCAGAUACUUGAAAGAAAACGAGGAAGUCAUUAGAAAGGGUGUUGUGUCUGGUCUUGGACAACAACAAGCUUAA